CGGUCCAGCAAAGGAAUCUCGGCGGCACGGUAGACGAGGCAAGGGGGGACAGACGCGGCAGACAGUGGAGGGGGCAACUGCGUACAGAGGAGUCGGGCUCGAUGCACCCACCGCCGUUGAUCCAGAUCCGCACUCACUGUAGCCAAGAUGACGAUGCUUCCAUGGUGAUCGAUUUCCGUUCUUCGUUUGUGAGAAGUGAGUUUGACAAGAGGCACAUCCUCCCUGUCCAGGUGGCUUACCUGAAUGCCAUGGAGCUGAGGCGUAGGUGGCUUAGGAGCAGGUGGAUGAUUCUCUCUCUUCGGUGUUACAUGUCCCGCAGAUCGGCCCUUGGUCUCCUGAAGAGUCGUGAUUACCAAGCCUUUGCCAUUGCGUUCGAAAAGUACUUCUGCGAUUCCAUGCCCGUUUAUUUGUGGGAAAACCCGGUGGAGUGGAGUACCGACUUCCCGUGCACGCCAGCUGAGUUCAUGUACUCCUUUCUGACGCAGUCAUGGGAGAGUUCCCUUCGUCGUAAAGGCAGAGGUGGUCGCAAGCGUGGCAAUAGAUUGACGUUCAAUCAUGAUCGUGGUCCUCCUCCUCCUCCUCCUCCUCCUCCUCCUCCUCGUGCUCCUGCUGCCGCUCCUGCUCCUGCUACUGCUGCUGCUGCCGCUGCUGCUACUGCUGUAUACACGAACGAUCCGAUGGCAGCUUUCGAAAACACGUUCAGGAGUGAUCGUGAGAGUUCUGUACCACGUACAGGCGAAGCCGCUGAGGAAGUGAUCCUCCUGGCAAGGUGGCGUAAAGCAUUGCGCCGCGAAUCGGAUACGUUUGUGCACAAAAGGACAAGUCACAAUCAUGAUGCAGCUGCUGGUGUUGGUGUUGGUGUUGGUGUUGGUGCUGCUGCGGCCGAUGAUGAUGAUGAGGAUGAUGAUGAUGAUGAUGAUGAUGAUCGUGAUAGAGAAGAUUCAAUCAGGUGGAGUAGUAUUCAAGAGGUGAUACCAGCAGCAAUCCAAGGUAUGGCGGUGGGGGGGGAAGAUGCAGAUCAGUCUGAUCAGGUAAUAAGGAACAAGUUGCUGGGACUGUUCAUGAUGGUUGUCCCUCCGACCAGCGUCUCCACGCUGGGAACGUGUUUCGCCCGCUACGGUGAAGAUCGUCGGGGAGAGAGCGAUGCGUUUCUCGCCUCUGUGUUACACGCCAUAGCCAGGUCUAGGGAUUAUCCCAUGUGCCAGCAGGGGUGGUGUCUUGUCAAGCUGAUCGACUUCGAUGCAGUCGGGUCCGACGGAGGCCGUCUCUCCCUCCGCAUGUUCGUUACGUACUGGGAUCCCGUCAGCUGGCGCGCAACCGUCGUGGAUCGGGACGAUGACACGACCGCCAUAGCCGAAGCUGGCAGGCUGCAUGUGAUCGGCGACACGCUAGUUACUCUCAAGAGAGAAGAUGUGAUCGACAGCCGGUACAAGCCACACAGGGAGCUUGUCCUCCCUGGCACGUGCGUGAGAGGUGUGGCCACACGUGGGACGGCGAGAAACGUUUUCGUCGUGGGUAGCUCUGCUGUUGUUGAGGGGAGUAGUUACGCGUUCAGCGAGGACGGGAAUUCUAUUUUUAGAACGCCACCCAGCGCCGGCCUGACAGGCCGUCGUGUGCUCGGCGACGCGGCUGCUGGCUUGUCCGAGUUCGUAGGCCUUUGGAGAGAGCGUGACUUGUCAUCCUCCCCUGAUCCUCAUCUUCUGGUGGGGAGAGAGAGGGAGGAGAAAAUCGAGGCGAGAUCCCAGCUUGUGAAGAUGAUACACGUGGCAGUUUCUCUGGCCAACCUCGCGCGGUCGGCCUCGUCUUUCGAUGAGUGUGUGCACAAGUACGGCCUCCGCUUGACCUCCCUGCGAGACGCAAAGCAGUUCGGCUACAAGCACUUCGUCAGCCUAUUCAAGGGCUCGUUGUGGGAACACCUGCCAGCGGAACUGGCCUUGAGGAUCGUCGGAUUCCUUCCACCUCAGCGUCUCUUACUUAGACCCCGUGAAACGCCCGGAGACAUGCCCUUCCAACCCAGGUCCCAUCGCUACGUCUGCUUGUAGCUGUCAAAUCGAGGGGAAGGUUUCUAUGACGUCCAGCUCAUUUCAUUCGAGGGCUCGUUGUGGGGACCACAACUGGCAGUGGAACGGGUCUUGCGGAUCAUCGGCCGGAUUUCUUCCACGGCACGUCAGCGUGCGUCACUUCG